UCUCGCUCUUCUCCCUCCUCUCUUUCUCUUUUUCUGACUGAUAUUUUAACUAAUCCUUCUUCCCCCCCCAAAAUCCUCUCCUGCUUACGAGAUCACCACCCAAACCCAGUCAUCUUCAUAACAAUCCUUAGUCUGCUUAGUACUCACGCAGCUAAUUCCCCUCGAACUGCUUACCUCAUCGCUGCUCCUUGUCUAUCAAUCGAGAUUCCCCCCAGUAUUGGAUCCUUUGCUGUCUUCUCCUGGAUAUUGUCCUUUUUUCUAAAAAUCCCCGACUGAUUUCAGCCUUCCUCGGCCUGAAUUGGUGGUGAUCCGUGUCUCGGGCGCGUCCUCUACGUGAUUGUCCAUACCUCUCGAUGCAGCCUACACUAGCUCCGGCGCCGCAUCCAAGCAUGCAAACUUCUGCUCAGGACCAUGCGGAUCAGGUGCUCCAUGAUCAGCUCCUAGCUGCUCAUCAGCACCUGUCCCACCCUCAGCAGGCGCGACCGCAACCCCAAGCUCAACCGCCGCCGCACAUGCAGCCCAACGCGGCCAGCCCUCGCGAUCAAAACAACAUUGACCCCGCUAUCUCGGGAGCCACCAUGCUCGCUGGACCCCCCCAGACUCCUCCCCAGCCGGAAUCCGUGGGGGGUCCCGAAUCGCCCAAGACCUACGGCAAGCGACCGUUGUCGACCUCCAAGCGGGCCGCCCAGAACCGAGCGGCGCAGCGGGCGUUCCGUCAACGCAAGGAGAGCUACAUCCGGAAACUGGAGGAGCAGGUCAAAGGCUUUGACGGCAUGUCCGACCAGGUGAAAGGCCUGCAGAAUGAAAACUACCAGCUGCGCGAGUACAUCAUCAACCUGCAGUCUCGGUUACUCGAGUCCCAGGGUGAGGUUCCGGACCUGCCGGCCAAUAUCGAUUUGAGUCAGUCCCGCGCGGACAUGCCCAUGCCCCCGGCGGGCAACGCGCACGGCGGUGCUCCCGGCGCUCCGGCGCCCCCGCCGAAUGCCCAGCAAAACCCGCCCCCAAAUCAGACGGGCGGCCCGAACGACGCCAUGAACUCGUUGAACCGCAUCGCGGUCGCGGGCCUCGGCAUGCGGAAGCACCCCAACGAAGAGACGAACUUUAUGGGCCAUAACUUCCCCGGCGCUCGUCGCCCGCGGAACGACGAAAACCAGACCGAUCCGGACGUGUCGAAGACUGAGCCCCCGUCUGGCUUGCCGGUCGUAUCAUGAGGCGACCUCAAUCUCAUGUAUUGAUCUUAAUCACGCUCAUGCUUGUUCUUGCUGGCCUAUGCUUUGAUUCCGCUUUCAUCAUUUACCAUUUCUUUCCUCCUAUUUAUUCCAUUCGUGUAUCUCAAUCCCGGUGUAUGGCGCGAUUGCUUUUCGGUUUUGAUUCCGGCCCUCGGAGGGGAGCGGUGUUUGGCUUUUGU